UGCGCAGAAGAGUAUGCAACUCAUCUGUUUUUCGCGCGUGUGAAAGCAGCUAAAAGCAUGGACGUUGUGGAAGCUUCUGAGGAUGGAAACAACUCUCAGUUAUCACUUCAGAAGUGUAUUUCAUACCUGAAAUCUGCAAGGAGCGACAACGAACGAUUUGCAGCACUUCUUUUGGUGACGCAACUCGUAAACUCAAACAGCUUGGACAGUGCAGGGCGACGGAGCCUCUUCCAUGCGGUCGGCUUUAAUUUCGUCAACAGGCUGUUGAACUCGAGUAAAGUACCGGAAGACUGCCCACAAGACGUUUAUCGCUCGUUGGCUCUAACCAUUCUAGCCUGUUUUGCAACUGAUGCUGAAUUUCUCGUGCAUCCAGAAAUGCUGGCGAAGAUUCCUCAAUUUCUGGCAGGCUUCUCGGACGAAGAAGAGAACGUAAACAUUGUGAACGAUUGUUAUCAGAUUCUCUCCGCUCUCACUGCAACGUCCGUAGGAUGUAGUCAUUUGGGGAGAAAAGAUGUUUUUACAAAUCUUAGCCGUAUCGCAAGUUGUGGAGCAAACCAGGCUAAAUCAAAGAAAGCGAUUGAAAUCAUGGUUCGAGUUGUAAACAGUUCACCAUUUAAUCUGCAGGAAGACGAAUCACCAGCGGAGAGUAUCUUUGAAACUGUACGUGCCUUGAGCAAACGCUUUAAAGAGGCUCAAGACUGCUCGAAAUUUGAAUUGUGCAGUUCUUUGGUCCUUUUAUUAGCCAGUAUUAACAAAACAGUUUUCCAGAAAUUCCAAGAAAAACAGUGGCUAAAAGACAUUAAUAUAGGAGUUAAUCAGAUAUUGCAGUCAAAAGUUUCUUCACAGCAAAGGGAUCCUGCAGUUGUUUUGGUCUCAUUGGUGACUGAACUUGUGGGAAUGGACUGGAUGAUUGAACCAAAUGGACAGAAAUCACCAGGGCUUUUUAUCUUAAGCGUGACUGUUGCAAGCAUUGAGACAAGAAUGAUAUUGGAUGGGAAAACAUGGGUGGAAGUGAGCCCCAAAGCAGAUCUUUUGAUCAGUUGUUAUAACAUCCUGGAGAAAGCAAUCAACUUUGUUAUUGUGAACACUGAUAUAACAAAUGAUGUGCAGUUGCCUGAGUUUGUGAGCAACAAUCUGCCAAAAGUAUAUUCUCUUGCAACUGAAGCUAUUCAUUCCAUCAUCCAGUUCCUGGGAAAUGUCAUCUCCAUGGAGGACAAAGAAAUAACAGAUAUGAAGCUGCGUGAGCUGGUUUAUGCCUCAGUCAGAGUAUUGUGUGCAUGGAUGGCAGAGGAAACUGCUGCGCUGCAGGAUAGCAUCUGUAAGCUGCUACCAUUCCUGCUGAAAUUGGGGAAAGAAAGCCUGGAUACCUUUUCAGGUAUUUACCAUAGCAUAAUAAUGACAGUCAUGUCACUAUUUUGAGCCCUAAAACAUGGAAAAAGGGAUCCUUAAACAGAAACUGGAAAAACCCUGACAUGAACGGCCUCUGUUUUCAGCUAUCUCUUGGGAGUUUGUGACUCAAGGAGAUGGCUGAAAUUCAGGCUAGAAUUAAACAUGACUUUGCUUAUUUACAGUGACGGUCAAAAGUAAGUUGACAGUCACUUGCGUCGCGAUCCUUGAGACUUGAUUCUUGAAACUUUCGAGGAUGGAGUCUUGAGUCUCGAUGAUCAGGGAUCAAGUUUUUUCAAAUUUCGAGUUAAGAAAGACUAUGAACUUGUCGUGUAGACUUACCUUUUAUUCUAAAAAGGACCAUCCUGUGCCUUGGGUGAGACUCGUUUGCUUUCAUGUAAACGAAGCUUGCUAUUUGAAGGCGAAAACGUUCACUUAUGGUCUCCUGUUAAAAGUCCUUUGGAAACUUGCUUUUAAGAAGUGGAGGCAUACAUGUAUGUAAGGUAAAUGUAAUAGUGGUGAAAAUUGAGCCUCCGUUUGAAAGUACCAUUUUAAAUAUGGUACUAAUAAAUUUUAUUCGGCUAUAAGCCGAGACCCUAAACUUUAAACUCGUAGAAUCAGCAUAACCAAGAACGAAAGGUAAAUCCAAAACACCUGGCUAUAAGCCGAGACCCAUUCGUUACAAGACUUUUAACUACUGUAAAACUUAACAAUUUCCAAAGAAAUAUGACCUUCUCUAGGAAAACGUACAAUUGUUGUUUGGGUUCUUUGCUGCUAUCAAUCUUUCCUCAUGUCUUCAGGGCUCAAAGUAACGGCCGGUCAACGGACAAUGUCCGGCAUGAUCGUGGACUUGACCCGGUCAAACUCUCGUCUUGCCGUUCAUUUUGACCGGUCAUUUUUGGAUGCGAACAUUUAUCAUAUUUUCCAUAUAGUUGUCCCUUAAUGCGUUUUGCUCUAUAACGCUGUAAUGAUUUCUUUUUUCUUUGGCUUUUUGUUGUAAUGAAAUGCAACAAAGCGAAACAGUAACAAACUGAGUUGUGGAGUAACACAACGAUUCAGCAGGAUGUACUGUACGUUCUGCUUUGCUGUGACCAGUAAUGUGACCUUCUUUGGGAAAACAUGCACUAACGAUAAUCUGUUAUUUGUUAGAAAACUAAAAGAUAGCUAACAGGUUUUAUCCAUCAAACGUUUCACAUGUACUUGUAAGAGGAUUGUGAAAGUCACCUUUGACGGAAUUUGGGUAAAUCGAUCGCUCAUCCUCAGGGUUGUCACUAAGAUUUCAUGUUGCCGGGUAAAUACUACAAGUAGGAAUCAAACGGCUAGGGAUUUCUUUUGGUUCUAUUUUUCUCCUAUUUUCCAAUAAAAGUAGCCCGGGGCCACUCUCUUAGUAGCCGGGGGAAAUCCCCGGCCCCCGGCUCUUAACCCAUUUGCCCCUGAACUGCCCGUAACCGCCCGUGUACGACAACCCCCGAAUUCCCUGAACCGCCCGUAACCGCCCGUAAAAAUGGCCGCUGGAUUCAGUCCAUUCCCCUCUGAUUGAUGGAUAAUAAACCAAUCAUUUGCCAUCUUUUGCGCAUUUUUUGACAGAUGAUGAGAAGCACCACAGGGUCGGGUUUUUCGAAGAGCACGAGCAAAAGAAAUUCGCGAGAGUAAUGGCCGCCCGUGUUGAUUUCGAAUCAAAGUUCGCAUCACGUUUGAGAGAACAUAGAGAUAAUUCGACUCUUGAUCACUUCAGGUUGUUGAACAGACCUUGUGAAAAACCUUCUGAUUGAGAUUUAAACGAUCUUAAGACUGAAAAAGACAAUCCUAGCCCUCAAAUUGCCGAGCGCUUCGUAGGUAAACAAACCGCAUGGACUAUCGAUGAAAACUUACCUCGUUCAUUUCAUUUACUUGCAUCCAAGUACCGUGUUCCUCGCAGCAAAUGUUUUAAAUGUAACUGUUUCUUGAACUGCUGAAGGUGAUGCUUUUGUAGAGUUAAAAGUUUGAACAAGGAAACGGAUUAUGUGCGACGAUCGAUUUGGAUUGACAAUCCCCAUGAAUAAAAUUUACUUCACAUCGCGCGGAAGCUCACGGAGAAUAAACGGUAACCGUCUUUUUAUUCAAUUAUUUACAGUUGCCAAAUGAUGCUUUUUGUGUGCUUUUUUUCUUUGUGUAUAACUAUUAACACCUAUCGAUCUGUGCAUUGGUAGAUAAAGCAUUAAUAAAGCAAGUUUGGCAUUUAACUUAUUUGUGCUUUACUUUGUUGAUCGGACAUGAUCGGGGAGGCACUUCAGGUCAGGAUAUCAAAUACGCUUCCCUGAAAGAUUGCGGCUUUGUCACCUUCUCUGGAGAAAGCGAUCAUUUAUUUUAUUGUUGACAUUCAAGAAUCGAAAAAUAUAUGAAAGAGUGGGAAGCUGAAGUCCAGCAUUCCCUUGUUUUAUUAAACUUUCCCAUGCUUGAUGAUGUGGAACUCUUCAGAUCGCUCUUCGUGAAGUGAUCAUCACCGAAGUUUCACUACAUUUUUCUACGGUGCUUCUCGACUGGACUGAUCUGAAAGAGAACUUAAUGAAACAACUUUCAGUAAAAUGACUUUACAGUGUUGUUGAUGUUUUAUCGACUGUGUUUAUUCCUUUAACAGCGUUUUUGUUCCCCGUUUCACCGUUGAUUUAUCAGUGCAAUUAUCGCGCGGCGAAGAAAUUUUGUUGAAAUUCAUUGUUUUCGCCUCUUUCCACAGCUUUUUCUUUCUCAAAUUGCUAUUUUUUUUACAUACCCUGGCUGCCCAUUAACUCAUCUAAAAGAAAAAGUUUGUUUGAAAGCCAGAGUUUAUCUCUGGUUUUACUGCGCAUAUGGUUUAUUUUAGCUAUCGCGUACGCUUAUUUACAACCGAAAAUUGCCAGGGAAUUGGGGGUUGUCGCACGUAAAAGUCCCAGGAGUGAAUGGGUUAAUGACAUCCCUGCGUCCUGUACUGUUUCUCCGGGAAUAAAUUUCAGCGCCUCAAUUAAUUAUCAAACUUUCUCCACGUUGCUCAUGAAUCUCGACUCGAUUCCAGAAUUGUCUGAUAAAAACCAAGCUAUUUGAGAACGAACGUCGCCUAUCUCAGCGCUUAAAAUCCUCCUUCUUGUAAACAGCUUUAUUCAAAUUUCUGUUGACGAUGCUAAUGAGCCUUUUGCGAGAAAGUGUUGCGUGACGACCCAAACGAAAGCUCUGCUGUAUAUUUAUUGACUUCUGAUGAUAAGACUGAGGAAAACAGGGGCUACAUUUGGUGUUAAGUUUCUUUCAAGAAGCUCUUUUUUUAGCUCGUCAUCAGCACACUGUUUAGUUUUUGGCUUUGGUUGCGAUUGAUAUUUGACACUGCACUUGAUCAUAAGUUUCGUUCGCCAAAACGUGAAAACCGCUUCCACUUUCCUUGAUUUUUUGAAUGAGCAAACCACCAUGAGAAGACUGCAAAUCACUAGGGAUGAGUUUCACCAAAAAAAAUUGUCAGCUCUUUUGAUAUGUGUGGUUAUCAUUUGCGCGUAGCGGCAACUUGUCAACGAGAUCUCAACAUCAGUAAAAAUUCAACUUGGAGUACGAUCAUGAAAUAAUGUUAGCUUGAUAAAUUUGUUCUAUAUAGCUUUUUUAAACAAUCACUUCUUGAUUUAUGAAAGAGAGUUGUCUUAAAUUUUACAAAUUACAGUGGCCAAACAAGUGCAUUUGUUAUCGUUUACGUGUAGCAGCAAUUUUCGCCAACGAGAUAUCAUCAACAUCAGUAAAAAUGCAACUCGCCGUUCGAUCACGAAAUAUUGUUAGCUUAAUAAAUUUGUUCUAUAUAGCUUUUUUAAACAGUCACUACUUGAUUUAUGUCUGUUUGUCAAACUCCGAAUUUUGUGACAACUGUUUUUCUGAUUUCUGCCAGACUUGUUAGCCGGUUCAUACAUUCCUUGUGACUUUCUAUUGUUUGAAUGAAACGAGUUUGAAACUUUUAUUAGUACUCAAAUGAUCAUGUGUAAAAGUGCCCCUUCAGCAAAGAAAGUUUCCGGUGACAUCAGCUAGAUUUGCAGAAAAGCAAGUUUUAUAAAUUAAUUAAUUCUAAGCUGCAUUUGCAUGAACAAGUUUGAAACUUGAAUAAUGGCAAACUUAUCAACUCAAACGCUUACGAAAAUGUUACUUUAUAGGACAAAUAAAAUUUUCCGUCAAAUUAUUGUGUGACUUUAUGUAGAUUUGCAUAUGCUAAAAGCGCGACAAGCCACGGAAUCUCUGCCGAGAUGUGUUUUUGAAUGUUCUCGGCAAGUGAAAGGCUACAUGUUACAUGUACGAAAUCAUUUUAAGCUGCAUUUACAUGAAAGAGUUUAAAAGCAAAUUUACCACGUUGACUCAGAUACUCAUGGAAAUGCCACUUUUUAACAAAGAUAGUUCAUCUUAUAAAUCUUUAUCAAGAGCCCAAUUCAAAGAAUUGCCGAGCCGCACCUUUCAUCUGUGAAAAUCUAUGAGCAUAGUGAGCAAAAGCUACAUACAAUGUACAUGCAGGAUAAAUCUUUGAAAGGGAAAAUAUCGAUUUACACUUACUGAAAGCUUGCUGAAGCUGGCAGUUCAAACAGUUACAGAACACCGCACCACAAGCACUGAUCGGUGGUGUGAAUUUUUGAACGUCUACAUGACUGUACAACAUUGUUCUUUUGGAAAAAAAGUAAUUUCAUGUAUAAACCUUGCUUCUCAAACCUCAAAGCUGGAAACUUGAGACUCAAUCGUCACGUCUCGAAACUCGAAGCGUUUGUGCUUUGAGAUGCAAGGAUUGAGUGUCAAGUUACUUUUGAGGUACUGUAUUUUCAUUUUCCAGAGUUUCAAAGUCUGUGAAUGUUACACUUGGUGGUUUCUGAUAUUAGUUAUUUAGCUUUAUCUAUGCCUUUCUAUUUUUGUUAUAUGUUUUGUGUUAAUUCUAAGAUGGCUUGCAAAAGGGUCUUUUAACACAAUUCAGGGCUAUCACUAACUUCAAAGUCAAACCUGUACAGUUCCGCUGAAAAGUAUGUUGACAGUCUCGACUGGAAACUGGAUUCUUGAGUCCUUGUAUUUCUCUAUCAAUUCUUUCUUGUGAACUAUGAGAUAUUUUAUUUUAAGUGCACAUGAAAUGUGUGAAGGUAAGUAAGCUUUUAAAAUUGUGUUUGUGACAGCGUAAAUGAAUAUGAUCUUUAAUUAUGAUAGCCGCCGUGAAUUUUUUUCUCAAAAACUUCAACGUUUUUGCAAGCCGUUGAAGAAUUACCAGAAAACAUAUAAUAUAAUUAGCAAGGCAUCUGUAAAGGUGAGAGAAAAGGCUGUAAGAAAUAUCUAUAUACCUGUACCUAUUUAUAGUGAGAUGGGAAAUGCCAACAUGGAAGUAAAAUUUGCAUAUGUUGUGUGUAAUUUGAAACCUUUGGCUUAAACUUAACAUGCAAUUCGCAACAUUUUAACACAUACAGCGGCGACUGAACAUUUCUAAAGGCAAAAGUCAUGAUUACUGAAGGUUUGUCCACGACUUUUUCAUUCAAGGUCAUUUUUAGAGGAAACUUGCAUGAACUGCAUUGCAGCCGAAGAAUUACAAGACAUUUGUGCUUGUUUGUGUACUUUUUAUGGCGAUAAUUUUUAGCCAGGGGCUGACAAAUAAAAGUUUACAUUUUCGUUUUAAAAGCGCUGAAUGAGCAGGGAAUUCUGGCUGCUGUUUUUUUGCCCAUUAAAAAGGCAAACAUGUUUCAAACGUGCAAACUUUGUUUCAUCAUGUAAGAAAGAGAGGCUUGCAAAAGCUGUUUGUCACAGUCCGCAGCAUGUACUUUGUGAUACUUUAAACCAGAGUGAGUCUAUUUGAUGAAUUUCUACCUCAAGAGAUCAGUCAAGCAACAAGCUCAUUAUAUUUCUCAAAUCAGCUCUCGACUCUCGAAGCCUUGUGACCUUGGGUCAAAACCUCAAGUCUUGCGACAUUUGAUUCUCGAAAGUUGCGAGAUUUGAGAAUCGAGUCGCGAGAAUUGGAAUGCGAGGUACUGUCAACUUACUUUUGAGCAGUACUGUAUUACUUGCUGACACAAUGCACUGGUCUUGAUGUUCACACGAAAUGCAUCAAAAAUAAAAACAUUUUACAGUUCCGUUCACAAGUUAGACCUAAUACAAAAAUACACAGACUAGGUUUUUCUGCAAAGCAAGAUAAACAACCUUUCCUUUUGCUUUUUUGUUGUCUAAAAGCUUUUGCUCAUUACAGAGGUAUGUGCAUGUGGGUGCUGACGGGUGAUAUAAAUGGUUAUUGUUCGUUUCUUGGAGAAUUGAAUUGUUUUCUUUAAGUCUUUUUCAGCAGUGAAUUUUUGAGAAUCCUGGCUUGUCGAAAUUCAAAUUUUUCUUUUUUGCUUUUUUUAACAAUACUUUUUUUACCUAUUGGCUUGUUUCCCUUUAUGGAUACUGCUACUCUUUUAUAGCUUUGCAAGAUGUUGCAAUAAACAUAUUCCUAGUUAAGUUGGGAGUAUUGAGUUUAUGACUGUCAACUCACUUUUGAGUUGUACUGUAUGCAGUGCAAUUUUCCACUAUUAUUUUAAAAAUUUGCAUCUGCACUGUGCUUAUAACCUUACUUCCGUAAUCUGCUUGCUUAUGCCAUAAACUGCCCAUAUACCCUAGGAGAUAUGCUAUUUGAAUGAAAUUUACUUAACCUCAUCGCUAUCUGAUUGGUUACUUAAUAUUUUGAGGCUAUCAGCUAUGUUGAAGUAUGUUUACAUCCCAAUUGUGUUUUACCAUUGGCUUGUUAAAGCCUGCCAGACCCCACGUAUACUACUAUGAUGGGUGGUCUAGAUUUAUAUUAAUGCAAGUAUCAACAUCCAGUAUUGUAUCUGAAGCACUUACUGAAAGUAAAUUACAAAAAAUAAUUUAAUAAAAAUAAAAAUAAAUAACUCAUAUUAAAAAAAUGCAAUAAAAGACUUUAUAAUAAUCUCUGCAGUAAAAGAAAUCUAUUGAACUGAAACCUGUUCAAAUAAAUUAAACUCAUUCAAGCACUAGUAGUGUUCCUUGAAGAACUAAAUUGAUUGUUGAGUAAAUGCGGUUGUAUUGACUUUCAUUCUUUAGAAAUUGUCGUUGAUGCCAAAUCCAAUACAUCAGAAGACCAACACGCAAGUACUUCUAGCUCCGUAAGUACUGUAAAUGUAAGGGAUGUAAUAGGUAACAGGCUUAAUAAAGUUGAUAUUAUGAGGUUUCUAUUGCCACCGUUAUGCCACCUUUCAGCUGAUGACAAAACACGCAAGGUCUUGAUUGAGAAUGGUUUUCUUGAACUGCUAUCAAAGUACUUUUUUCAACAGUGGAAGAUUUGGAAUGAGAAACAAGAUAAUGACACAAAGUUACAUGAUUCCAAAACGUGCCUUGUUACUUUGCUUGGCAUUGUAUUAAAUAUUGUUGUCACUGAACCGAAACUUGUAGUUUCCAACCAUACGCUGAAACAACUUAGCCAACAUGCCAUACUCUCCACUCCGCUGCUGCUUUCCACAGAAGCAGAUGUUGUGAUUCUAGUUAAUCAAGUUGUGCUUGGCCUCUUGUUCAUAAGAAGCAGUGUGGAACAUAAUGAUUCUUUCACAUGUGAUGGAUUAUGGAAGUUUUUACAGACUUCUAUUCAGAUCUUAAAAGAGGCAAAACCCUUGAUGCAGAACAGAGGAGGUCAAUUUGUUGAACAGAAAAAAACCCAGGUUGCUAUCAGAUGCAAAGAAGCAUGGUCAGAAAUCUCAGAAUUGUGGUUUCUUGGUUUGCAAGUAAUUUCAGUGCUAGUAAACUCGUUGCCUGUUGUCAAAGAGCUUUUGGAGGAAAGUGGGUGGAUGGACAUGAUCAUAAACAUUCACAGCUAUGAUCAAGAACUGACUCUAGAGGAAAAAGAUGCACUUCUUGAUUUGGGUCAAAAAGUAAACAACUUUUAA